AUGCUCACGCUUAGUCCUGGUUCAGUCUGCGAUGUGUGCGCAGAAGAGUACGGUCCGCACUGUGUUCCUCACUCAAUUCCUUGCGGUCAUGUCCUCUGCUCUAGUUGCUGCCAUAAAAUCGUAGAAAAGACAUUGCCUCGUCUUCAGCCCGUCUGUCCGUUCUGUCGGGAUCAUUUCACUAGCGAGGAUGUGCGUUUGAUCCGCAUCGACUUCUCAGCGAGUGGAUGGGCCACUCGGCGGCGGGGUGGCCUCACUGAGGCUCUUGACAUUGCUGACCGCUCCGCGCCACGACGGGAAGAUCGUUUUCCCUUCGUUGAGCCGGGCUCCUCGCGUACCCGCGCAGAAGCUCGUAGGCUGGAGGAUAAAGUAGCCAAAGUAGCUGCUAAAAAAUGCUCAGUGGAAGAGGUUUCGACUCUACACAACGAGCUACAAGACUGGUUGACUCAUGACGAGAAAUCUAACGACCAGUUGAACUCUUCUUUAUCCUUGAGUGCUGCGCUGCUCAGGGCGAUUUUGAUGAAUCAUUUCGCUCAUUCGGAAGCCACCAAAUUGGCAAAGGGAGUCGAGGCUACCCUAAAAGGGAAGCUAGACGACGCAGAAUCAUCUGUCACCAAGCUAGAAGCCGAUCUAAAGCAGUACCAAGCCCUUCACAACCAAAAAGUACAAGAAUGCCAGGCUCUUCGAGCAGAGCUUAGCCGUUUCACUCUUAAGUCCGCAUCAUCUCAAGCCACAACGUCACCUGUCCGUCCCAGCACCGCCGCUCCAACUGGAUUAAGCGAGCGGCGCCAAUCGGUUUCCUCAUCCGCGGCAUCUACGUACAACGUACCAGCAAUGCCAUCGAUGCUUUCGCGCUUCGCGGCUACUCAUUCUCGAAGUACGUCCGCAUCUGUGUCAGGAGGGUCAAGACCAACGACCCCCGCACGGAUGACGACACCAUCGAUUAGGUCUGAGACCCCAACGCAAGCGUCGAUGCUGUCAGCGUCUCGUUUACGUGCUACGUCCCCAAUCCCCCCUUCCAGACCGCGGACUAUCUCCGUUUCCGCGUCGUCGCCCCAAAAAAUAACUCGUUCGCACUCUGAUGAGCAGGAGAGGGAACGAGAACGGAUUCACGAACGUUGGAUGCCGUCGCCGAAUGUGGCAUACAGCCCGCCGACUGGCAAAACUAUCAACUAUCCACCCUAUUUUGGUUCGUCUGCAGCUCCAGGCCGUGCCCGCUCCUCGUUCUCAACAAACGCUGCUUAA